AUGCAAAUUUUUGUGAAGACCUUGACUGGUAAGACUAUUACACUGGAAGUAGAAUCUUCAGACACAAUCGACAAUGUUAAAUCCAAGAUUCAAGACAAAGAAGGGAUUCCACCGGACCAACAACGUUUGAUUUUUGCAGGUAAACAGUUAGAAGAUGGUAGAACCUUAUCGGACUACAACAUUCAAAAAGAAUCGACCUUACAUUUGGUUUUAAGAUUGAGAGGUGGUAUGCAAAUUUUUGUGAAGACCUUGACUGGUAAGACUAUUACACUGGAAGUAGAAUCUUCAGACACAAUCGACAAUGUUAAAUCCAAGAUUCAAGACAAAGAAGGGAUUCCACCGGACCAACAACGUUUGAUUUUUGCAGGUAAACAGUUAGAAGAUGGUAGAACCUUAUCGGACUACAACAUUCAAAAAGAAUCGACCUUACAUUUGGUUUUAAGAUUGAGAGGUGGUAUGCAAAUUUUUGUGAAGACCUUGACUGGUAAGACUAUUACACUGGAAGUAGAAUCUUCAGACACAAUCGACAAUGUUAAAUCCAAGAUUCAAGACAAAGAAGGGAUUCCACCGGACCAACAACGUUUGAUUUUUGCAGGUAAACAGUUAGAAGAUGGUAGAACCUUAUCGGACUACAACAUUCAAAAAGAAUCGACCUUACAUUUGGUUUUAAGAUUAAGAGGUGGAAUAUAA